GAAAUGGAUAAGGCGAUAUUUAAACCCUUUGAACUUUGCUUUGUUGCUGAUCACUCGUUACAAACUCUAUCUCGUGCGCGGGAACCACCAUUCUAAUCCAACCAUUACACUGCCCUGCUUUAAGAACGAAUGGCAUCAUUUUGCAGAUCAUAAUUAAGUUGAAGGCCUUCUUUUGAAAGAAUGCAUUGGGCUAUUCAAUUGUAGCUCGGUUUCAUGCUUCAUAGUUGUUAAGAUUUUAGGAACAUAUAAUUAGAAAUGUUAUAAUACUGUUAUGUUAUUGUAAACACAUCUGUAAUUUUACCAACUUAUAAUUGCCGAUAUUCUUAGAUCAUGCCAACAGUAGGAUCCAUAUUGCGUCUGUGUUACAAUUGCUGUACAUAUAGAUCACCAAUUCAUUUGAGGAACUACUGUAACGAGCAAUUUAAUUUCAGAACUUACUCAAUAUUUGUGUCGAGGCCUAGAAAUCCAGCUAUUUUUAAUGGGUUUGUAGGUGUGGUUUCCGUGAUCAAUGACUCGAGUGUUAAGCAGCAAUCAUUGAAGUCUGUUACGGAUGAAAAUCAAGAUUUUAUACUUGAUGAAGAAGAAGAAGAAGAUCUGUGCCCUGUCGAAUGUGUCAGAGAAUUCUAUACUGAUGAAGAGUUCUUGAGAAUUUUAGAGAAGGCCAAGAAGAAUAAUACUUUGGUUGUGGUAGACUUUUAUCGUACUUCUUGUGGCAGCUGCAAGUACAUCGAGCAAGGGUUUUCUAAACUCUGCAAAGCUUCUGGUGAUGAUGAUGUUCCUGUCAUAUUCUUAAAGCAUAAUGUGUUAGACGAAUAUGAUGAGCAAUCAGAGGUUGCUGAACGACUUAGAAUCAAGACAGUGCCACUAUUCCACUUCUACAAAAACGGGGUUCUGCUGGAAGCGUUUCCUACCAGAGACAAAGAGAGAAUCACAGAGGCAAUUUAUAAGUAUUCAUCAUCUCCUGCACCUCAAGAGAGUACAAACUAGUCCCUUCAAAUGCUGUAUUUCUGCUAUACACAUUAUUGGUGAUAAAGAGGGCCAGCCGUUGUUUGGAGUGAAUGUAUAAAUUACCGAUUUAGAAGUCUUUGCUUGGCAAUAUAGAGACACUCAUAGCCUGGAACAUUGAACUUCAGGGAAGCUGUCUUGACCCUUCCCCAUCAUUUUCUAUUCCAAACUAAUUAUUCAUACACUCAUACUUAGGAGAUGAUGUUGUUUGAUCAAACUCUAUAAUCCUAGCGAAUGGUGUGAUAGUUUGUUUGAAUAAUGUUGUUACCAGUGUUUGAAUUUUUUUUUUUUUUUUUUUUCUAUAUAUUUUGUCCAAAGAAGUUUCUAGAAAACUUUUGAAGCAUGUACUGUUAAGGGAAUUCUUAAACGAACGGAACUCUGCUUGUAAUGCAGCUGUAACCAAA